AUAAAAUGCACAUAUACAUAUAGCUAGUAUGCAGUUUUUACAUUGUCAAUAUUUAUUAUAUUAAGGAUAUUUAACUAUCUCAUAUCGAUUACAAAAUUCAUUAUGAAGAUGUAACCAACCAUACUAUACAAACUAUUUCUGUGCGUUUUUACAGUAGAACAUCUGAAGUACGUUUUAUACUGAGGAUGUAUGAAUGAGUCACCAGUAUUGUUAUAAAGUCUUCACCAAUUACUUAAGUGUUCAGUGAUCAUGAUUCCACACGUGUAUGCUGUGAUUAUUCUAUAUACCGUGAUAUCAUUAGUACUAUUAGAAUGUCCACUAGAUGCAGAACACAGAAUACAAUUGUGUAUUAAAUCCUCAUUACCAAACUUUGGCCUUGGACCUCCAAACGAUGCUACUCCGCCGAAUGCUUUGAAAACUAGCAUUGAGAUGUCUAAAGAUUCGUGUCAAUCAAAGAAAUUAGAGAGCUCUGCUGUAUGUAUGCAAGAUUUCUUAGACCAAUGUCAAGGAACUACAGACAGGGAACAAUUAUUACAAAGAUUAUUUGACAAAGAUAAAAUGAUAGAAACAGUUCGAUAUUUCUGUUCCUCUUUAAAUAUUUUUGAACAAAAUGCAGAAUGUAUAUCUAAUCAGCAUGAAAUGGUAAUAAACUGCAGUCGUGGCGAAACUGUCAGAUACCUGACGAUAUUACAAGGGAAUCCUACGUACGAUGUACUUAUACAAGCUAAUUGUCGGUUUAAUAAAAUAGCCACGAGUUGUUUGGAGAAUUAUGUAUUUGAAAACUGUGGUCUUGCUGCAGCAGAGUUCAUAGAAACCAUUACAAUAGGCCAAACCCCACCAUCAUGUGAGACCAGACAAAGGAAAUAUUCACAAACAGGACCCAAAGACAAUUCACAAUGUCUCACAGCCAGUAUUUGGACUACAUUAUUACUAUUGUUUAUAAAAGUCCUUCUUAAAUGAAAUUAAAUUCCAAUGAAGAACAUGGUUUAAAUCAUCAAUAUUGAAAACUAUCUAGAUGUAGCAGAAGGAAUUCUGGGAAAAAAGAUAAAAUUGUGUUCAAAAUUAUCAACACUGUUUUAGAUGAAAAACACGCAAGACAAUACAUUGAAUUAUUUCAGUUGUGUAGUAAGAACUGUGUGACCUAUGGUAGUUUAUAAACAUUCCAUGAUUUUUGUGAUUGUGUUUAUGUUUUUUUGUUAACUUAUAUAACUUUUAAUGUCUUUUUGUAUGUAUUUAUUUAAUAGAUUGUAAAUAGUAUACAAGGGGAUAUUUUUACAACUCAGUCCUUGCCAACUGUUGUUUGCUUUUGUAUUACAAUUUAUUUGCUGAUUGAUAAAUCUUCUAUGAUUUAGUAAUUGCUUAGACGAUGUUCUUUCCAUCCAGAGUUAAUCGGUUGUGGAAGGUGCCUUUAUUAAAGUAAAUGUUAAACAAUGGCCACAAAUAUGUGACUGAUUAUUGUGAGUUUAGGAAAUACUACAUAUAAAUAAUGCUAUCAAAACUUAAAUUGAUUUUUUUAUAUUUGCAAAAUAUAUCUAGUUCCAAUUUUCAUGCCAGAUAAGCAUCAAAAUACAUCAUUAUUGUAUAAUUAAAGUACUGUGGAUUCAUAAUUAUUUAUUAGAUACCAAUUUUCAUGAGUUUCAUGGGUACAGGUGAACCAAAAAUUUAUAUGUUCAAUGCAUUAAAUUUUCUAUAGGCUUUUUAUGCAGAGAUUUGCAAAACCAUAAAAUCAAAUAUCAACAAAAAUUCAAGAUUUCCAAAAUCUACGGAAAUUGAUACAUUUGUACCCACUAAAAACAAGUGAAUCUACAGUAUGUAAGUUAUUGAAGGAUUUUUUUCUAUAAACAUAUGGACUUUAUUUAAGAGACCUUGAUUUUCAAAUCUAAGAAGAUUCAUGUUACGUUUCAAGUUUUUUUUAAAGCAAUAUAAAUGUAUGUAAUUACUUUGAUUCAUUACCAUAACCAGAUGCUCCGCAGGGCGUAGCUUUAUACGACCGCAGAGGUUGAACCCUGAACGGUUGGGGCAAGUAUGGACACAACAUUCAAGCUGGAUUCCGCUCUAAAUUUGGAUUGUGAUUAAAUAGUUGACACAGCAUAGGUUUCUGACACAGAAUGAAUGUAUUCAAAUGAACUUAAAAUUUUUGUUUUCUCUUAGAGCAAUUCACUAUGCUGUUGAAUAUUAAUCCUCUCAAAAAAAUGUUUGAAGAAAUUUUC